GUUUUGUCAGUUUUAUUAUCGACCCCUACGAGAUAAGACGUCUGCCCAUUUGACUGCGGAUAGGCAUUCAAUGCAUUUUGAAAAAUGAUUACCAUACUAAUACUGCUGCUCGGAAUAACCUCCUUCUACUUACUAAUUAAACGCCACUAUUCCAAAUGGCAGCGCCUGGGCUUCCCCACCGAUGAACCUUUAAUACCCUUUGGAUCUUUAGUGCAAAUAUUUCGCAAGGAGAAACACUUUGGCCUUAUUAUGGCUGAGUUAUAUGAGAAAUUUCAAGAAAAGGUGGUGGGUUGUUAUUUAUUCACCAAACCGGCACUAUUGGUGAGAGAUGCUGAGUUGGCUCGUAAAGUGUUGACAACAGAUUUUGCCAGCUUCCAUGAUCGAGGGGUUCACGUGGAUGAGAAAUAUGAUCCCUUAACAGCAAAUCUAUUCAAUUUGGAAGGUCAAAAGUGGCAUACACUGAGAAAUAAAUUAUCGCCUUCCUUUUCAUCGGGGAAAUUGAAGGCCAUGUUUGAGACCAUUGAUGAGGUGGGCAAUAAGUUGAUCAACUAUAUUGCCAAAGAGGUUGAAGAUGGCAAAAUUCACAAUUUGGAGAUAAAAUCAUUGAUGACCACCUAUGCUGUAGACAUCAUAGGUUCUGUUAUUUUUGGUCUUGACAUAGACAGCUUUACCAAGCCCAACAAUGAAUUUCGCAUUUUAAGUAUUAAUCUGCACGGUAAUCAAAAAUCUGUUCUGUUGCUGCGCUUUCGAAGAUUGAUGGCCUUUAUUUAUCCACCUCUGGCCGGCCUAUUGGCUCGUUUGGGCAUUAAAGAUUCUGUUACAUAUGGACUGCGAGAUAUUAUUGCUCGCACUAUUGAAUUUCGUGAAAGGCAUGGAAUUAUGCGCAAGGAUUUGCUACAACUUCUUAUACAACUGAGAAAUACUGGAAAAAUAUCCGAUGACAAUGAUCCCAAUUGGCAUCGCAUAGAAUCGACAGCUGAGAAUUUGAAAGCCAUGUCCAUUGAUAUGAUUGCGGCAAAUGCAUUUUUAUUCUACAUUGCUGGGUCAGAGACAACUGCGUCCACCACAUCAUUGACCCUUUACGAAAUGGCCAUGUAUCCGGAAGUAUUGGCCAAAGCUCAGAAAGAAGUAGAUGAUAUACUGAAGAAGCAUGGCCUGAAAGCGGAUGGUUGUUUGACAUAUGAGGCCAUACAGGAUAUGAAAUAUUUGCAAAUGUGUGUAAAGGAAACUACUCGCAAAUAUCCUGGUUUACCAUUUCUUAAUUGUCAAUGCACCAAGGAUUAUCCAGUACCAGAUACCAAAUUAGUCAUACCCAAGGGCACCGGAAUUAUAAUACCUUUGCUGGGCAUUCAUAGAGAUCCUCAGCAUUUCCCCAAUCCACAGGUUUAUAAACCAGAACGUUUCGCCGAAGAAACUUUAGAAUAUAACCCCGUUGCCUAUAUGCCUUUUGGUGAGGGGCCUAGACAUUGCAUUGCUCAACGCAUGGGUGUUUUGAACACACAAACAGCUUUGGCUAAAAUUCUGGCCAACUUCAAAAUAGAACCAAUGCCACAUAAGGAAAUCGAAUUUAAAUUUCACACAGUACCAACAUUAGUGCCAAAAGAUGAUUUACGAGUGAAUCUAUCAAAGCGUUGGUGAUGACUUGCCAUAGCAAGCAGCCAGUCUAAUGUCUUUAAAAAAUCUAUAAAAAAAUACAAUUAUAGAAGCAAUAAAAAUUUAUAUUAGAAAUCAA